GAGAGAGAGAGAGAGAGAGAGAGAGAGAGAGAGAGAGAGAGAGAGAGAGAGAGGUUGGUCUUGUUCUUGUCUUUGACUCUAAACCAGUCUUUUUCGAUGCAUUUUUCUUCACUCACAAGUCUAUCAUCAUGUUUUCAACAAAUGACAAAUAUUUUUAUUAAUUUUAUAACAAAAAAACAUGACCCACCUCUUGCUGCUUCUUCACAUUCUUCUCUCUAUUAGAGAGACGCUCUCUACUCUACCCAUGAUCAAUCCCAACAAACACUUUACGUACGUUCUCCCCUUUUCAUAUCCAUUAGGACCAUUACACAUAUUCAUAUCAUUCCAAAGCAAUCCCCACAAAUCAUAUCCUCCUAUCCAUCUUCUUCCAAUCUCUCUCUCUCUCUCUGUGUAGUCUUCUUCAAAAAGGAUCCAAAAAUCCAAAUGAUGAUGAGGAAUCAGGACAUUACUACGAUCAGAGACAAGAAGAAGCCAAAUCAUGCGUGUGGUGGUAGUAACAACAAACCAAAGCUAAGAAAGGGACUUUGGUCUCCUGAUGAAGAUGAAAGGCUCAUAAGGUAUAUGUUGACCAAUGGACAAGGAUGUUGGAGUGACAUUGCUAGGAAUGCUGGUCUCUUACGCUGUGGCAAAAGUUGUCGCCUUCGUUGGAUCAAUUACUUAAGGCCUGAUCUUAAACGUGGUGCCUUCUCCCCUCAAGAAGAAGAUCUCAUCAUCCAUUUUCAUUCCAUUCUUGGUAACAGGUGGUCUCAAAUAGCUACUCGGCUUCCAGGAAGGACAGACAACGAGAUCAAGAACUUUUGGAACUCCACAUUGAAGAAGAGGUUUAAGAACAACAACAACAAUACUUCUUCUGGAUCAUCACCUAACAAUAGUAAUAGUAACUCUUUGGAUCUAAGAGAUCAGCAUGUGGAAAUGGGAGGCAAGUCAAACUCAAUGAUGGGUAGCUAUCAUCAUCAACAUGAUGACAUGAUGAUAAUGGGGAACACCAUGGGUAUGGACUCUUCUUCAUUCCAUUUUGCACCCGUGGUUAGUGGUGUGGGAUUGAACCAACUGGACCCCUUGAUAUCAGUACCGGAUCAUAGCCAAUAUCAACAAAUGGGAAACACAGGGAAUGUGUUCAACGUCAAUGGGUUAGGAGAUUAUGGAAACGCAAUUCUUGAUCCGAUUAGCAAGAGAGCAUCAGUAGAAAGUGAAUGGUUUCUUCCAGCGUCCGAGAAUAUAAAUUCUAUUCCUUGUACCACAAGCAACAACCUAAACGUAGAAGUCCUUGAUCCCUGUUUCAAUAGCAAAACAAUGUGUCAUUCAGAAAGCUUCAAAGUAGGGAACAUGUUUGGCAUGGAGAAUGCUUCUUGGGAAACAGAAAACCCUAAAAUUGGAGAUUGGGAUUUGGAUGGUCUCAUUGAUGACAACUCUUCUUUCCCCUUCCUUGAUUUCCAAGUUGAUUAACAAAUAUUUCCUCUUCCAUAAUUCUCUUUACUCAUUUGUAUUCAUUCUUCUAUACUUUUUUUCUUCUUCCUAUUCAUCUUCACAAUUACCAGAGCAGAUACUACCCCUCACUAGGGAGCUCGUUUUAAACAAUUGAGCUGCUUGCGAUGGGUUUAUGCACGGUUCCUUGAGUACAUGAAAUGUGAACAGGAAGGUUUGAGAUUUAUUUGCUGAGGUUGUACUUAAAUAAUGCUCCACACAAAGUGGUGAUUAGUUGGUAUAUUUGUAUAGCUUUCUCUUAUCUUUUCAAUUCUUUUUUUUUUUGGGUACAAAUCCGAGUUUGAUGUGUAAAACACGGUUUCGUAAUAAGAAAGAAUUAUUCA